GGCUUACUAGUUGGUGUGCUUGAAGUGUUUGGCCUUUGCUUCUUUGCUGUUGUCAUCCUAUUUCACCCACACUUUUCACCUGGCUUACGCAUUCUCAUGAUGAAUGGAGUGUUUAUUUUUCCAGUGCUGUGGCAAGUUUACAAAAAUAGGCCAUGGCUAGAACAGUCCUUCUUUAACCGGCUGAUCACAUUUGUUGUUGCCCUUGUUUUAGAAAUAGCAGGGGUUUCUGUGCUUAUGUAUCGGGUAAGAACAUAAUUUUAUGUAGUUGGCAGAUUAACAAGGUGCUGAAUGUUAGUUUUGGUUUUUGUUUUUUUGUCUUAUCCAUUUAAAUCUAUUCCAGCCAGUUAAUGCAAGUUGCAUUUGUUUUAUUAGUAUAGGUAAUAGUAUGAUUUGUAGUGAUACUUGGCAUAAAUACCAUGAGUGAUAUUUCGAAAUUGUUAUACAUAGGGCAGGUGAAAUUUGAGACCAUUUUGAAACAUCACAAGUGGUAUUUGUGCCAAAUAUUACAUACCAAUCAUGCUAUUAUUUGUUUAUAAUGCUACCCACGAAAGGUUUGUAAUUUUCACAAGUAGGUACGUAUUUAAAAUUAAGCUGAAAUACCACUGCUCCAAGCCAAUCAAAUUGCAGAAAUUUCUCAUGUAGUAGUAUAAUGCAUAUAAUGCUAAUACCACAGUGUAACUUCAAGGUAACCACCUAUCAAGCUCAUCAAUAAAUGAUGAGUGCUGGUAGGAGGUGCCUUGAAAGAUGGUUAAUGCACAGUUUGCAGCAGUAAUAGCAAGGUAUUCAUGGCAACCAACUGUGAGGGUCGCAACCGCCUGACACAAUCACUCUGAAAAAUCAUUGGAAUUCAAACCGGUAACCCAUACUUAACAGCUGAGUGGGAGAAGAGGGAAAAGCAAUCCACAAUAAUAGCUUGGGCCUGAAGUAUUAACAGUGACAAUAGGCAAAACUGCCGAUGCAAAUUAAUUGUGAUCUGCAAAGGUCAACAAGCAGAGCGAAAUAAAAGCGAGUGCAAAAUUUAUUGCAAUCACUCAUACCCAAAAAUAUAUCAAAAUUUCUUAGUGAUAGCAUUAUACAGUCGAACAUCUCCAUAAUGGUCACAUUGUGAAGAGAGCUAAGAAGCCACUGUAAAGAGCCACAGGUAGCCAUUAUUGUGAGGUAAAGGUGACAUGUGACACCAAUAUAUUUUGGGUAUACGACAUCUUGCUUAAUUUGUUUUUGUGUACAUGUGGUUUUUUUUCAAUUUAAAGGCACAAAAAGACAUUUCAGAAGAAAAAGUUGUUUGGGUCAUUCCAGUAGCUCUUGUAUUUGUUUCAAUUGCCUGGUGCCCAAAGGUGUUCAAGUAUGUCAUGGAACCAGCUAGAGACCAACAAAAUGCAGCUCCUGGCCUUGAGAACACUGCAAGUACGUCCACCACAGUGGAAUUGGGUGGGUGCCUGUGCCUCUUCCUCCAGGGACCACGAUACUUGAUGCAGCUGUUAAUGUGAAAUCUGCACGUGGAAAAGCUGCUAUCAUUAACAGUUUAUGGAAACUUACUUUGAUUCCAUUCAUGUGUGCACUGUUUGCUUAUGUUUAUGAUACGGCUAAUUUAAAUAAGUUGUCACAAGGAUUUAAGGAUUUCACAACUGAUAAUCCUGCAUUUCCUCAUUUCAUGGCACAGAUAUUCACAAGCUUAAUUGGACAGCUGUUGGGAAUAUUGGCCUGUGCUAUGUGCAUGCAACGACUAGCAUUCGCCCUUCCUAUGUUUUUUGCCACACCCAUCUCUUUAGUCUUGGCUGAGAUUCAUAAUACAGUGUGGAAUAUUCUUCCCUUUGACAGCAUUGAUUCAGAUACCACCAUUGGGUAUGUUGCUGUCAUUGGUAUUUUAUUUUGGCUGGCACAGCUGCUCUCUGUUGGGUAUUAUGUGUUUAAGGAGCCAGGCUUCAUAAUGGGCAAAGAAUCAAGUUUGUUUUGGAUGCCAACAUAUAAUGGUAGGUAAAUGCAUAUCUUGUUAAUGACUUGUAAAUCUAAAAUACUUAUUAAAAUCUAAACAACCACAAAAAAAUUCAAAGGAUAGUUUGGAAUGCACACAUCAAAGUUUUUCAAUUUGCCUACAUACUAUUCAAAAAGGAGUAGGAGUGUUUUGGGCUGCUGGACUUCUUAUGGAUCAGAUGGCUUUACCUGUAAGGUCUUGGGGGUAAUAACAAUUUGCCCCAUUUGUGUCUCCCUACCCCUCUUGGUGAGAAUGGGUUCGGUUUAUCUAGCCCUGGUAAAAAUGUGACUGUAUUUUUUAAAAAAAAUGUGUUUGCAGGUGUGUUUUUAGAGCAGUACCUUCUUCUAAAUCGGCGUAAUAAAAACACAGAUGACUAUCAGAUCAACCAGAGGGAACUUGUUGAUAACUCCUGCAUCUACAUCUGCACUACAAUGUACCAUGAAAUUGAAGAAGAGAUGGAACAACUUCUCCACUCCCUGCAUGACAUUGACUGUGCACGGGAAAAGUCAAAGCGUCAAAUUGAGUCUCAUAUAUUCUUUGAUGGGGCAACCAAGGGGGAGGUUUUGAACAACUACGUCCUGCAGUUGAUUUCGUUGAUUCCAAAGACAUUGAAAGUUAGGAUUGAGGCAUGUAUGAAACUUAAGACCCCCUAUGGAUUGCAAAUGAGAUGGGAGCUUCCAGGGGGUAUGCUGUUUCACAUCCACUUGAAAGAUAAUUUGAAGGUGGGUUUGAAAGAUAAGACAAGACAAUUUAUUUCGGUAAUAUUAAUUAAUUACAAUUUCCUGGCACGCAGUUAGCCAAAACGCUAGUCAUGGCGUGCCAAAUUAAUUAUGUAGGUUAUUACCACAAAUAUCAAAGAAAGGCUAUAUGAUUUAGAAAAUUCAAAUAAGACCAUCCCAAUUAAAGACAUAUUAACUUAAUGCAGGUGGGAAAAGAAAGCCUGAAAAAAAUUCAGUGCAGUGCUCUAACCAGUACAUUGAGACUAGGUCUCAAAAACAUUUCAAGCACCAGGCUGUCAAAUUUGCUUUUACACUUCUUUAAAAUUCGAAAAGUAUUACUAAAAUCUUUGGGUGCUGAAGAAUGUUUAACACAAAAGUGCUGACCGGUGGAUGAACUUGCGCUUUUGUGUUCCUCAAUUCGCUGGUGUAAGUGGCGAGAUGUGUAUCCUACAUAACCUGCAUCGCACAGGGUCACAUUCAAAUGUGUAAACAAGACAUUGCUGGUUGACAAGAGUUAGCUUAGCUUUUUAAAUAGCUCUUUUAAUUAGAUUCUUUUGUUGUUCUCUCUCUGCAUGCUUUACUUCGUUCUUUUACAUUCUCAAACAGUUUUUUAUGUAUUUCUUAACAUAUUUUUACACCUUAUACAUACAGUGGAACCCCGUCAAUACGGUCACCAAUGGGCCAACAAAAUUUGGCCGUAUUAACGGGGUGGCCACAUUAACGAGGGUUUUUUUACAAGAAAAUGUAUGGCGGUUUUUGCCGGGCGGCCAAAAAAGUGGCCGUAACGACGAGGUGACCGUAUUACCGAGGUGGCCGCAAGGCGGGGUUUCACUGUAUACCGGUAUGCUAAUUAUUUUAACUUUUUACUUACUUGAAAAUGCCCGAAGAUCGGUCGAAACGUCCUUUUCUAUCCGUGAUUUUUACUGUUAUGUUUUAGAAAACCCUUACUUAUAACAAGCAAAUAUUGCCUAGAAUUUUCUAUAGCUUGACGAAGGCUAAAGAUUUCUAGAUGACCGUUCCAUUCAUCUACAAUUGUCGAAGCUUAUGUCAUAAAUUCCCAACGGUUUUCUGAAGUUUAAUUUUCAGGUUAAGCUACUUUUUGCAGAAAAAGUAAACAUAAAAUUUUUGGAGUCGAAAAUGCGAUGUAGAGAGGAGUCAGAAAAAUUCUUACUUUCGUAAAACUUUAAAUUGCAUAUGUUUAUUUUCGGGAAAAUAAUACUGAAGCCCUUGUAAAUUAAAAAAGUUGACCGAAUAGAUACAAAUUUUAUGGCGCCAGUCUGUUGACAUUUCUAGAGAUCUUAAAGUACUCUGGAUAGUCUAAAAAGUGUUUUCAAUGUAUUUAGGAGAAACCGCUGUUGGGUACCCCUGCUUUAUUUGCUGUCUAGUUUGAUAUUACUUCUGCUCUAAAAUUUCUGUUACUGUAGGUAAAGAACAAGAAACGUUGGAGCCAAGUAAUGUAUAUGUCGUAUGUCUUGGAUUUGAAAGAGAAAAUAAUGGAAGGUAUGAAUACUGAGCCAAGUCAGUAGAGACUGAGAGAGACGGAAAGAUAGACGUAGCUCUUGUCAUUACAGCAAUAAAAUGCACUGUCUAAUUAGACAAGGACUCAGACUUGGAUAGGUCUUAGAUCUGUCGAGUUCUUAGUGGCAGUUUGCACCUUGGGACAAAACUGGCGCUUCAAGGGACUGGGAUGAGACAAGAAAAGGUGACUUUUCUUCCUAAUUGGACUAACACCCUCGUUUCUUGCAACUCACAGCGGACAGCUUCACCCAUAUAAUGUACUCCAGUAACUUUGAAGAAAACAUAAGAGACUACUCGCAGUCCCUCACGGCAUUGGUUUGCUAUCGGUUGGCAAAACAAUAAACAAACUAAGUUAACGAUGGAAUCUAGCCCGAAAACAAAACAAAUGCGGCCCAUUGAGGUCCAAUUGAAUUAGAGGUUCUAAAGAGCUGCAAGGCUACUGCUAAUUUUGGUGGGUGAAUGGCGUGUAGGCGCUAAUUCAAGCAUUUAUGUUUCGUCAUAGUAGCAACGACAUCAUAUGUGUAUUUUCUUGUUUUUACUUACCUUUGAGUCUUUUUUCCACCAGUUACCGAUGAGAAUACCUACAUCUUGACGACAGAUGCAGAUGUCAAAUUCACUCAUGAAUCAGUGGAAGCAUUGCUAGAUCUGAUGUCAAGAGAUCCAUCUGUAGGAGCAGUGUGUGGAAGGACACACCCCUUAGGAGUUGGGCCUAUCGUGUGGUACCAGGUCUUUGAUUACGCAAUAGGGCAUUGGUUUCAAAAGGUAUACUCAUCCUCAGUCCAUAAAAGCCAAUAACAAAUGCACUUUCUUUUCUGUGAAAAUUUUGCGUUAUGAUUUGUGGUUUAUACUAAACGGUAUGUCCAUUCUGCGGCAUUGACAUUCCUACCCAUCUCUGGUUGAACCUGGGCCUUAAAUCUGUUUAUCUUCAUUUCAUCAUUUGAAGGUUGGCAACGAUGUGCUUGGCUCAGUUCUGUGUUCCCCUGGCUGUUUCAGUGUUUACAGAGCUGCUGCUCUUCGAGAUGUGCUUCCCAUUUAUUCAAGCAAGGUUAAUAACUCUGCUGACUUCCUCACCAAAGACAUGGGUAAGCUGAGAUCCGUAGGGGGUAGGGGUAGGAUGUCACUGUGUGGAGAGCACCCACUUCCCCGAACAGUUUGACCAGGGGCCUCUUUCUCAAAAGCCUUGUUGUGAUUUAAGAUGGCGGCUAGCCAACAAACCAGUCCAUUUUGUCUUGUUAACUGACAGUUAAAUCAAUCUGUAAAACUAUCGAAAUUUCGAUCUUCAAUGUACACACACAGCAGCUUUCAGGGCCCUAUAAGAACCGGGACUUUCGAGAAACUGGCCAACAGGGUUUAUAUUCCGCAGGGGAUGCCAUACAUGUCUUUGGGUCGAGUUUAUUUUUGGUUUUCCCCGUGGCUCUGAAAUUUCUAAGGCUACUCCGGUUUUCUCCUCUCCUGAAAAACCCAGCUAAUCAAAAUUUCAGUUCGAUACACCUGUGAUAUGGUGGGCGAAAAGCAGUGCUACCAACGUAUUUACCACAAAGCAGUGUAUUUGGUAAUGUGUCUGCUAACUAUUAAAACUUCUAUUUUCUGUUUUCUAAGCCCCGGUUUACACGGGUCGGACAAAUUUUUAAACGGGGUCGGACAAAUUUUGAAAGAAACGGACAGAUAAAAGUACGCGGGAAACCUUUCUUUUACCUCGGCGGCAACCCGUUUAUUUUAGACCAAAAGAAACCAAAAAAUUUUUGGGAGAAAGUUCUGGGUCCGCCACUGUGCCGUUCUUUGUAAAGUUGAGUCCGACUUCAAACUAUAAGCUUCACGUAAAGAACGUAUCAAGACAAACAGUUGGCUGUCUUUUUUACCGUAAGCGUAGAUGUAAGCUUUUCGUAUGAGUGUACGACGAUCUUGGUCAUUUAAAUCACAUAGGCAAGCGCGAGCGAGUUUCAAUGCAUGAUGUCGCGCAGCAACCGAGCGAACGACGAAGUCUUGUGGUCGACUUGUUGCGCCUGAAUGGAUUUGAAUCAUAUGGCAUAACCGACCAGGAAAAAAAGUGAAAUACUUUUAGAAAGUAUAUCCUUGGUCUUGUUAUUGUAGUUGCUAAAAGUCGCUAAUGUAAUGGAGCAAAUUACAGUGAUAUAUCGGAAGGUAUUAUUUGAAAUGAGCCAUACCAUGUCGGUCGGUCAAAUUCAUUUCAAAACAAUAUAAGAUAAUUUGACUACGAAAACACAAAAAUAGUUUACUAAUAAAGGCAACUGUUUACGAGUGAUAGGAGAAGCCACCAAGAUUCUGUUCGGUCACCUCACAGAUACUUUUUUAAUCUUACCUUAAGCAAUUUCUUGUCCUCUUCUACGGUUUUACCAGUCAGAAAUGCUUUCUUGGUUUUUGCCUGUAUUUGUUUCCGUUUUUGAAUUAAUCAUGGUUUGAAAACAAUAAUUCAUCAUGUACUGUACAAACUCAAUACUCUGGAGACACGUUUUUAAAGCUGUUCACAGGACAUCCAUGUUUUGUCAAGUAUCAAAACUAUUCUCCACCGACGUCACGCUGGAAUUUUCAAACUUGUUUAACAUCAGCGAUUUUUUUUGUAUAAUUUGCGGGAACUUAGUUUUGUGAUUCUCAAAGACUGCUUUUUUUUUUUUCUGGGGAUUUAAUUUUGCAGUUUUGGGGAAUUCGCUUUCAUGCGGUGGUACAACUCUUUCCUUCUUUCAUUAAACUACAUGCAAUCGAAAUACUGGAAAUAUGAGUAAAACGAUAAUCAGAGAUGUAAAAUACGUUAAUUCUUUUCACUCUAUAACAAUUACUGCUUCGAUUGCUCCGGCAGUUGACCAAUAAUGACUGCAGUAACUCUUGAUGUAUUCCCCAACUCCUAACUGGCUUUUUUUCAUAUUAGUGUUUUACUUCAGGGAAGAAAAUUUUUCCUGUCAAAUGUUUCGAUACUUUUCUUUGAGCGGGAACUUUUUUUGCGGAUCGCGAAAAAAAAAAGCUACAAAAAUCGAAAAAUUAGAACCUGCAAACAUUAAGGCCCCGUCGAAAGGAAUCCGGAUACUUUUGAAACCGCAUAUUUACACAACAGAGAAGCCACGGAUAAAUAAGCAGAUUCACUGGUUUUAUGUGGACAUAGGGCCGAUUCGUGUUGAAAAUAUAAGGGAGUUUUAGCAACGAAGACGGCGACGGCAACAAGAACGUCAAAACAGCGAUAGGUUUAGCAAAACAUCAAGUUUGCACGUGCAUCACGCUUUUUUGUACAUUUCUUUGCCGUUGGUGCACGACCACGACGUGAAAAUGCCUAUUUUCACGUUUUAUGGAGGGCGUAAACAAGCGACAGGGAAAUUUCUUUCUCUUUUUAAACUUGAGUGCGUUCCCCAAGAAAUCAACUCCAGGGAAAUUUGCCUACAUAAAAAAUUUUCAGUGAAUUGGAAUAAACGCGAUAAAGUUUGAAAAACGCUAAUUCAUUUUAAAAGUGACGUUUUAGAAGCUGCCGUAGCCGUCGUCGAUGAUAAAACUCCUUAAUAAAAAAAUGCAGCUUAAAAAAUUUCCGGACUCGCGUGGACCUAGCCUAAGUGGAGUGUCACACUACAUGAUCUCUUACUUUGCGUGAGCGACACGCAAUCGUCCAGGUAUAGAUGUACUUGAGUCCUACCCGGACGAUUGCGGUAACGUUUUUUCAUCGACAGUCUUGUCAGAGGCAUUUCGAUAUGAUCGUUUCGAUCACGUGAACAUAUUUUGAAACGACUCGGACGGACGACAGGUCCCGAAUUUACGAAGCCCACCGAAGCUUAGACGUUUCUCAAGUUUUGCUAAUCUCGCGUUAUUGCCUUUUUUGGCGCCUUUGUUGUUUCUAAAGCUCAUCCAUAUUAUGGCUCGAUGUAUGAUGUAAUAGAUAUGUGCCAUCCUAUAGGGUAUUUUUUUUAGGGUCUUGCCCUUGUUGGUAUUGAGUUCCUUGUGUGACCCUUGGAUAGAGUACCUACAUUUAUCAUUUGAGAUUCAAGUACGUAAUUGCCCAGCUAGGUGGAAAACAAAGUAUCUGUUAAGACUUAAGUAUUGCUUGAGUGUAGCUAAAUGUCGUGGGUCGAAGGUAGUGGGUAGAUAAAAUGAUAAAGUAAAGUGAUUGAAAAGAAAUAAAAAGAAAAAAGUUGUAAAAUAUUUAUGAAACGAAAAUCUCCGACUCCUUGAUUGCCCUUUUCACGGCUUCUUCUUCGUCUUCUUCCUGAUAUUUCCUAAGCCACGUGGGACUUGGGUCCCCUUUCAUAACAUCACUGUAUAAAGGACAUGUUACCGAUGAAAAUUUAUCCAUACCUCAGCAAUCGCCGCGAAAAUAAACGAAACUGACAAAUAAAAUAUUCCGAAACGUGCAAUGUGCAGAGAGUAUGGGACAGCUCUAACUCACUGAAUGGAAAUAGCUGCUUACUAUAAUUAAUCUUCGCUAUACAAUUCCAGUGAUCAGCGGAGAUUUUUUAACACGAUGGGAUGCGAUCACCGUAGCAAAGUGGAGCGGAAGUGAGGGGAAAUUAAGGACAAUUUUGAGCUAUUUCGUAAUUUUGGAUAGAAUUCUGUCUUAAAGAAGUUUUAGGUCUCUUAGCUUAUGAAGGAACCAUCUCCAUGCUCAACCUUUCAAGUUAAGGCUACGCUGUAUGUAAAUUUUAUUGCCGUACGGAAAUAUAAUUCUCUCUUAUUUUUUUAUGUUUUGUCUUGUGUACAAAAUCUCUGCUGUAACGAUUCUGAAUAUCAUUCCUUAAACUGAAAGGACGUUUCAGUCACGAAUGUUGAAAUCGUUGAAAAAAAAGCAGUCAGUCUCCAGUUUUUCUUUAGCCUGCUUCAGGUUAACAUAGUGUACAGUUUCUUUUAUUAUCAAAAAUGCCUUUUAGUGUCCAUUUCUAUUUAUAAAGGAUUCGCUUAUUUGCUUUGCGACAGCGGGGAAGAGGAAUAGGACUCUUGAUAUUGCUAUUUAAAUAUUUUUUUUUCGGAAUUUUUUUUUUUACCCACGACAUUUACCCACACCCACGACCCACACCCACACCCACUACCCACUACCCACGACAUUUAGCUGCACUCCUUAAUUAGGGUGCAAUGAAGCUAACUUUCAAUUAAUAUUUUUCAGAAAAGGGAGAAAUAGUUUUUGGGGUAAGCUCGCCAAAGAGUCAUUAUGUUCUCAUUACCUCUCUUUAGGUGAAGAUCGUUGGCUUUGUACGCUGAUGGUCCAAGCAGGUUGGCGCCUAGAAUAUUGUGCGGCAGCUGAGGACAGCACGUUCUGUCCAGACACUUUUGAUGAAUUCUUCAAACAGAGGCGUCGUUGGAUUCCGUCCACCCUUGCCAAUCUUCUGCUUCUGAUAAGCGAGUGGAAAUUAACCGUGAAUAACAAUGACCAUAUUUCAUUUUUUUUCAUUCUGUACCAAGCUCUGAUGGUUUUUUCUACAAUUAUCAGGUUUGUUAUGUCAAAUGAUAGUAGUUGUUGAUCCUGUUGAACGUAUGGGUGAAAAUGCUUACAUCGUAGUACUGGAAACAUCAAGACUCUUCCGGCCACUUUUUCAGAAGGUGGCAGCCAAUAGAGACACUAAGGGUAAAGAAAAAGCAUUUUGAAAGAAGUUGGUGGCUGGUUGGACGUUUUAAUGCCGGGUUUUGUUGGGUAAAUGUGAAAAAAUUCACUGUCGUUCUGUAAAUAAGGUAUGAAAGAAGAAGUAUUUAUUUCGGAAUUAAAUUCUGAAGACAGGGUCACUUUUGUGUACUUUCCUUUCGCGUGGUAAUUCUACACUUAAGAAAUACAGUAAAAUCCUUGCCCCUCACUGGUUUAUUCAAGGGAUCUCCCGUUGACUAAGUGCGGGGUUUCUUAGCCGCUUUUCGCCAACGACUAAACGAUACUUUUGGCUGCUAAACAGACCUUCGUGUAGUAAUAAGAGCCGAGCCAAGCCGGCGAGAUUGCUUCUCAGGGACUGGGCUAAGAUAAAAACAUGGUGGGGACUGACCCCACCCCCUACCUCACACAGUGGCUUGACAGAGGCUCUCACUGUAUCCUAGGCCUAACAUUGGGGCGCCUUAGCAACGACAACCGGUCGAAGGCAACGAGAAGGUCAGAAAAGCAAAAGUGUUAAACGAGAUAUGUCACGAAAUUCAGCCAAAUUUGGUAUUACAAAAUGCCCGUUAAAUCCAAGAGAAACAUAGAAAUAACCACUUAAAACAUUAAAGUGAAGGUUAAAAUAACACAACAGAUACAACAGUUGCCACGGAUGGGCAAAACUGGAGAAGACUGAAACAGAUUGAAAUUAGGGUUUUUGAAAACUGUUCAGCCUAACAGUUUUUCAAAGUUUAUCUCUGCUAUUUGCAACUUCAAAAAUAAUGCUCGGGAGACAUAUUUGUUUGUCUCGAAUCUCUGGCUUUGUCAUUUACUUGUAAUUUCUUUGCUUACUUUAAGUUCCAUAGCGAUUGAGGGUGAGUAAUUGCCAAAAUUAAACAAAAUGAUCUGGACUGCCGUGAUACAGCCCCUUUAAUAGGCAAAACAACAAUUCUCCACGUGCAGCACACGUUUGGGAACAUUUCUUUGCCGUUCAUGCAUAGUUAUGGCGUGAAAAUCCUUUAUGCGAACUUCAUUCGUCGUUUAAUGAAGGACGUAAAAACACGACGACGAACUUUAUAACUUUCUCUCUCUCUAAACUUGAGUGCGGAGCCUAAGAUUUCAACUCCAGGGAAAUUCAGCUUCAUUUGGCACCUUAAGCGAGAUGGCAGAAACGCUACAAAGUAUGAAAAGAAGCAAAUUCGUUUUAAAUGUGACAUUUUCACUGCCGUCGCAGUAGUCGAUGCUAAAGCUCCCUUUUCAAGGUAGCGAUGCCCAACAUAGUAUGAACUGGAAGUUACUUGUGAACUGCUCAAUGCAACGCAAUAUGCCUAAAGUUGUAGUAUACGCCAAAAUAAACAAUAUACGCCAAAUCCCGACAACUUUUCAAUGUCUUGUAAUGUGCACCAUCUCUUUUGUGAAACAGAAGCCGCAAAACGGGGCAAGUUGUAAAACGUGGUUUAAUUUCUUAGCUACACGACAAAUUUCCAUCUUUUAAGUUUACCCCUUAAAGUGCAUGAGAUUUGUCCAACCUCAGGUAAUUGAUCACCUACCCCCGGUCUAGAAGAUCUCCGCUUACAAGAGGUUUGAUUCCGCGGGGGGUACUCCUGGAAAUUCUUGGUGGGGGUGUGCCGCCCGGUUCUCCAAAUCCUGACCCUAUUUCAGACCAAAAAAUGUCAUUUUUCACACCCAUUUUCAGACCUGACUUUUAAGGUCUUUACGUAGAUAAGAACAGCAGCAAAAAAAAUUUCUUGAAAUCCAUUUCGAAUUCGCACAUUUCUCUUUCUUAUUUACUCAGUUGGAAUUGAAACGAUAAAUAGUUCAUACACUCCCGUAGUUCCGUCGAAAACCAUACCCGUUUCCAGACCAAAAUGGGCAAAUUCUGUACCCGUUUUCAGACCAAAAAGGCGCGAAAAACCAUACCCUUUGUGGGGGCACAUACCUAUAAAGCUUAUAUAAGGGGGUCCCCCCCCCAGGGGGGGGGGGUUGACUGUGUGGAUGAGAGUUUCCACGGUGUGAACAAAAAUUUCUCUUCUGUUUUACAGCCCUUCAACAGUAAUCCUUGUCAUGGCUAGUGGUUUAUCUUAUGCCAAUUUCUUCAUUGACGACAACGCAGUUCUUGUGGCGCUUCUUUCAUUGACAACAGUCGGAUAUGGUGUGAUUUGUUUGUACACCUCUCAAGAGUUCCAGCUCAAAGUUGCCAAACUUUUGGCGGUGGUCUUUGCACUGCUGAUGGCUUACGUGACGGUGGGCGUGGCCGCACAGAUUGGUGAUGACCUUUACGAACGUGCGCAUCCGACCACCUCCACGCCAGCUCCUACAACCCGUCCUUGGUCCAGAAACUUCACACCAAAAUCAUCAGCACCCACCCCUCUAACAAAAAAUGCCUCUCUCGCACUAGGUGAAAGACUUCCAGCCGCUGUUAGCACGUCAAAAUCAUCAGCACCCACCACUCUAACAACAGCUACCUCUCUCACACUAGGUGAAAGUCUUCCAGCCGCUGUUAGCACGAUGUAUCUUGCAGGACUGGCCGGUAUAUUUGUUUUGGCAGGUCUUUUACACCUUACGGAAGCAUACUGUUUGAUUCACGGCAUAUGGUAUCUGUUUUUUCUACCCUCCGGUUAUCUCUUGCUGAUUAUUUACUCGAUUUGCAACAUAACAGAUAGGUCAUGGGGUAAGUACGUUGGCUGUUAUUAC